CUGUACACAGUUGACAUUAGGUAUUCGCAACUAUGUAAACAUAAAAAGACAUUUUUAUUCAAUUAAUUUCAUAAAUCAACGUUUUGAAUACACUGUUAUCCCCGGGGCUGUUACGAUAUUUAAUAAUGUUACAAUCGCACUUAAAACGAUUGUCAAUACCGUUACUAAAAUUUCAAAGGUACGGACAUACACCAACCUGCCCUGCAAAUAACGAACCGAAAAUUCUAGAAAAUAAAGUAACUGUUAUAACCGGAGGCGCUGUCGGUAUCGGCUACGACAUUGCAGACAGAUUCCUGGAAAGAGGUGCUAAAGCAGCGGUGCUACUCGACGUCAAUGAAACACGAGGUAAACAAGCCGCUGAAGAACUCAAUUGUAAACACGGAGACAAAAAGACCGUCUUCAUGAAAUGUGAUGUCACCAAAGAUUUAGAAGCUGUAUCCAAAGACAUAUUCGCGACUUACAAAAACGUACAUGUUCUUGUGAACAAUGCAGGAAUACUUGAUGAACCUAAUCCUACAAGAGUCGUUGAUAUCAAUCUGGCAGCUUUGAUAAACUGGUCUUUUAAAUUUUGGAAUCAUAUGAGGAAAGACAAAGGCGGUGCUGGAGGGACUAUCAUGAAUAUAUCGUCUAUCUACGGUUUUCGAGUAGACCCGUACAUACCGGUCUACCAAGCUACGAAAUUUGGAAUAAUGGGCUUCACGAGGUCUUUGGGACAUUCGUACCAUUUUAAAAAGACUGGCGUGAGAGUCGUGUCCAUAAACCCCGGGUUCACUGAAACUGAAUUGACAGAGAACUUCACAACUUUACCUGAAGUUAAACAGGAUUUUCUCGAUUUUGUCAAAACUCAGCCGUGGCAGAAAGUGAAGGUGGUUGGGAAUGCCGCGGUAUGUGUACUAGAGAAGGCUGAAAGUGGUACCGCUUGGCUUAUAGAAGGGUCUAACCCUGUUGCUGAAAUAAAACAUUGCUUUGAAGUCGACCAUUGCAAAUAGACCAAAAUCCCAGGACCAUAGAACUAUUUAAAAUAAACUAAAUUAAAUUAUCACCGCUUAUGUAAGUUAUAUCACACUCUCUGAAGUAAAUAUUU